AUGUCGCUACCCGUGCGAUCACCUUCCAAGGAGUCGAUUAUUUCACACUAUCCUCUGCCGACUACGGUCUUUUCUACCGUGAACGUAAUGAGCCCAACACACCAUGAAACUAUCAAAUCCUCGCCCAACACACCAGACAUGAAAACUGGAGUGUCGCAGAUAGAAGCCAUCUCUUCAUCUCUCACUUCUCAACCAACUUUUCCAGACUUUUCAACUCAGACGCAACAUACACAGGCGUCCCAGCCAGAACCAGCCACCACCUCAGCCUCCAAUACAGAUGCCAGUUGCGCAGCGGGGCAAAGUCCGAAGAGGGCUCGUGAAGAGGAUGAUAAUUUAGCAUCUGCGUCCAGUACGCCACAUCCGAAAAGGAUUGAUAACAAGGCAAGCGCGACACCAGACAGCAAGGCACCUAUAACGAAGCCUGCUCGUAAGAAGUCUGCGCCCAAGAAAACUACUGCGCCAACGCCCUCCAGGUCACAACCUUCAAGAAACCGCAAAGCUCCUGAGCGCUUCGAAGACUUUGAGGAGAAAACAGCCAAAGCUCCUCCAAGCAAGAAGGGUACCAGUAAAGUUUUUGACUCCGUCUUCAUCACAACAAACUCUACUAGCCGAUUAGUUAAGGCAGAUAUAUACCAUAUGCUUCUCGAGGGUUCAGCCUGGUCAUGUCUCAGUGCAGAACAGCAAAGCACUCUCAUUGCCAUGUUGCCCCAGGACGGUACAAACCAAGGUUUGUUGGCCAAGAUCAACGCAGGAGAAACAGAAGGCACACGACCAUCAGCUUUCACUUUGGCCAAUGACUGCUUCCGCACCGAUGUCGCAAAGUUCCAGGAAGAUCUCAAGAAUGGUCAUUUGGCUAAAACUUGGCAGUCCGCUGCUGAACAGGCAGUCAUUGAGCGUGCAGCAGGAGAGUACGACAAGUGGAAAGCUGAAGAAGCAGAAUCCUGGUGGGGCCAAAAAAGCGUGUAA